UAGGCACGCCCGCUGUUCAGUAAACCCCGGUUGUUGCUGCUGGUGAAGUUUUCUGAAGUCCCGCUGAUGUCCUCGUUUGUCCCCGUUUUUCUGGAUUAAUGCUGACUUUCUGGUGGAUUUUAUUCUGAUGGUGGAAUAAGAGGGAAGCAUGGUGGUGAAUUCCGUGCACUGGUUCCGCAAAGGUCUUCGGCUGCAUGAUAAUCCGGCACUGCAGGAGGCCCUUAACGGAGCGGACACGGUACGCUGUGUUUAUGUCCUGGACCCUUGGUUCGCCGGAGCCGCUAACGUCGGGAUCAACAGAUGGAGGUUUCUGUUGGAGUCUCUGGAGGACCUGGACAAUAGUCUGAAGAAGCUCAACUCGAGGCUGUUUGUGGUCAGAGGUCAGCCCACCGAGGUCUUCCCGAGGCUCUUUAAGGAAUGGAGCGUGACCCGGCUGACGUUCGAAUACGACCCGGAGCCUUACGGGAAGGAGAGGGACGGCGCCAUCAUCAAGAUGGCCCAGGAGUUUGGAGUGGAGACGGUGGUCAGGAACUCGCACACCCUCUACAACCUGGACAGGAUAAUCGAGAUGAACAACAACAACCCGCCUCUGACCUUUAAACGCUUCCAGACCAUCGUGAGCCGACUGGAGUUGCCUAGGAGACCUCUGACUCCCGUCAGCCAGCAACAGAUGAACCGAUGCCUCGGCAAAAUCUCUGACAACCACGACCAGCUGUACAGUAUACCUUCACUGGAGGAGCUGGGUUUCAGGACGGCGGGGUUACCUCCAGCUGUGUGGCGGGGAGGAGAGUCGGAGGCUUUGGACCGACUGAGCAGAUACCUGGACAAAAACGUGUGGGUGGCCAACACUCGGGUGAAGACUUGCUCUCUGUACGCCAGCCCCACAGGCCUCAGCCCCUACCUGCGCUUCGGCUGCCUGUCCUGCAGGGUGCUGUACUACAACCUCAGAGAGAUCUACAUGAAGGUACUGAGAACACACACAGCUUCUGUCCAAAACUAAACACAACUGUGAGAA